AUGUGGGAGAUGCGGAUGGAGCUCCUGGCGCAGGUCAGGGCCCCGUGCACCCACAGGGAGACCCGGAUGGAGCUCCUGGUGCAGGUCAGGGCCCCGUGCACCUGCUGCACCCACAGGGAGACCCGGAUGGAGCUCCUGGUGCAGCUCAGGGCCCCGUGCACCUGCUGCGCCCACAGGGAGACCCGGAUGGAGCUCCUGGUGCAGGUCAGGGCCCCGUGCACCCACAGGGAGACCCGGAUGGAGCUCCUGGUGCAGGUCAGGGCCCCAUGCACCUGCUGCACCCACAGGGAGACCCGGAUGGAGCUCCUGGCGCAGCUCAGGGCCCCGUGCGCCCACAGGGAGACCCGGAUGGAGCUCCUGGCGCAGCUCAGGGCCCCGUGCACCUGCUGCACCCACAGGGAGACCCGGAUGGAGCUCCUGGCGCAGGUCAGGGCCCCGUGCACCCACAGGAAGACCCGGAUGGAGCUCCUGGCGCAGGUCAGGGCCCCGUGCACCCACAGGGAGACCUGGAUGGAGCUCCUGGCGCAGGUCAGGGCCCCGUGCACCCACAGGGAGACCGGAUGGAGCUCCUGGUGCAGGUCAGGGCCCCAUGCACCUGCUGCACCCACAGGGAGACCUGGAUGGAGCUCCUGGUGCAGGUCAGGGCCCCGUGCACCUGCUGCACCCACAGGGAGACCUGGAUGGAGCUCCUGGUGCAGGUCAGGGCCCCGUGCACCCACAGGGAGACUUGGAUGGAGCUCCUGGCGCAGGUCAGGGCCCCGUGCACCCACAGGGAGACUUGGAUGGAGCUCCUGGCGCAGGUCAGGGCCCCGUGCACCCACAGGGAGACCCAGAUGGAGCUUCUGGUGCAGCUCAGGGCCCCGUGCACCUGCUGCACCCACAGGGAAACCCGGAUGGAGCUCCUGGCUCCCAGAUUUGGCCCUGGCCCAGCCCUGGCUGUUCUGGGCCUUUAGGGAAUGAACCAACAUAUGAGUUCACUCGCUAGCUCUCUGCCUCUUAAAUAUAUAUUUUUAAAUAUUGUCAUUUCAAAAUAUAAAAUUGGGGCCGGCGCUGUGACGCAGUUGGUUAGUCCUCCGCCUGUGGCACCGGCAUUCCUUAUGGGUGCCGGUUCGAGUCCCGGCUGCUCCUCUUCCAAUCCAGCUCUCUGCUAAGGCUUGGGAAAGCGGUAGAAGAUGACCCAAGUCCUUGGGCCCCUGCACCCGCUUGGGAGACCUGAAAGAAGCUCCUGGCUCCUGCCUUCGGAUGAGCGCAGCUCUGGCCAUGGCAGUCGUCUUGGGAGUGAACCAGAAAUGGAAGACCUUUCUGCCUCUCCCUCUCUGUCUGUAAUUCUACCCCUCAAGUAAAUAAAUGAAGUCUUUAAGAUGUAUGUAAA